AUGAGAUUAGUCAGGAAAGUUUUAGCAAGUAUUCUUGUUUUGGCGAUUAUUGUUCGACCUGAAACUACGAAGUGUGUGGAGGCAUCACUUGACAUAGGAGUUAAUUAUGGAAUGCUAGGCGACAACCUUCCUUCGCCAUCCGAUGUCAUCCAGCUCUUCAAGAAGUACAACAUUGGAAAGAUACGGUUGUUCGAACCUGUCCCUGAAGUCCUACAAGCCUUGAGGGGUAGCGGCAUUGAGGUGACCAUUGGUGUGCGCGAUCAGGAUAUCCCCGCCCUAGCUGCAAGUCCAGAUGCGACGAAGCAGUGGUUUGACACGUACGUUCAACCCUAUGCUGACACUGACUUCCCAUACAUUGUAGUUGGGAAUGAGAUCAUCCCGGGAGAGUUCGACCAAUACUUCGUACCAGCCAUGAAAAACUUUCAGAAUGUUCUAAAUGGUUACGGCUAUGCAGGUAUUAAAGUAACUACUGCCAUUGCUACGACUACCUUGGCAGUUGGCUACCCACCAUCGGCCGGUGCAUUCAUGGAUUCUGCGAGGGCGACGUUAGCUGGCAUUCUUGAUUUCUUGUCAAGUACAAGCUCACCAUUGUUGGCCAAUGUGUAUCCUUACUAUGCAUAUGUAGAAGAUCCUGUAAACGUGCGGUUGGACUAUGCACUGUUCACUGCUUCAGGCCCCGUGGUUCAGGAUGGCAGCUUGAGCUACUCGAAUCUACUGGAUGCACAACUGGAUGCAAUUUAUUCUGCGAUGGAGAAACUAGGAGUGAGUGGCGUCGACCUUGUGGUGUCCGAGAGCGGUUGGCCCUCAGCUGGGAAUGGGGAUAUCGCGACUCCAGAGUUGGCUGGGACUUAUAAUCGGAAUUUUCUGAAGAAAUUUCUCGCAAUGGAAGGAACACCGAAACGACCCAAUACAUAUCUGGAAGGUUUUAUCUUUGCCAUGUUCAAUGAGGAUCAGAAACCGGCCGGUAUCGAGCAACACUUUGGGUUAUUCAAUCCCGAUGGCACUCCUGUGCACCCCGUAUUUUCUUAG